AUGUUGUACUCAGGUCGAGGAGACCCAGAGGGCCGGCACCUACUGCUUUUGCUUCUGCUCCUCGCAAUCUGGGAAGCAGGGAGCGGCCAGAUCCACUAUUCGGUCCCCGAGGAGGCCAAACACGGCACCUUCGUGGGCCGCAUCGCGCAGGACCUGGGGCUGGAGCUGGCGGAGCUGGUGCCGCGCCGGUUCCGGGUGGCGUCCAAAGGCCGCGCGGACCUUCUGGAGGUAAAUCUGCAGAAUGGCGUUUUGUUUGUGAAUUCUCGGAUCGACCGGGAGGAGCUGUGCGGGCGGAGCGCGGAGUGCAGCAUCCACCUGGAGGUGAUCGUGGACAGGCCGCUGCAGGUUUUCCAUGUGGAGGUGGAGGUGAAGGACAUUAACGACAACCCCCCGGUAUUUCCAAUGACAGUAAAGACUAUCCGGUUUCCCGAAUCGAGGCUGCUUGACUCGCGGUUUCCUCUAGAGGGAGCAUAUGAUGCAGAUAUCGGAGUAAACGCUCUUCUCUCCUACAAGCUCAGUGCCAGUGAGUUUUUCUUUCUAGACGUACUGACAAAUGAUGAACUAAGCCAAUCUUUGUCUCUUGUGCUGGGGAAAUCUCUGGACAGAGAGGAAACUUCUCAGGUUAAUUUGUCACUGGUGGCUACAGAUGGUGGCAAACCUGAGCUCACAGGCACCAUUCAAAUACUUAUUAAGGUAUUAGAUGUGAAUGACAACGAACCUACUUUUGCCCAAUCAAUUUAUAAAGUACAAUUGUUAGAGAACGCUGCGAAUGGAACCUUAGUGGUUAAAUUAAAUGCUUCUGAUGCAGAUGAAGGGUCAAACAGUGAAAUUGUGUAUUCACUCAGUAGUGGUGUGUCUUCCACUGUACAGACUACGUUCAAAAUAGAUCCCAACUCAGGUGAAAUCAGAACUAAGGGAAAAUUAGAUUAUGAAGAAACGAAGACCUAUGAGAUUCAGGUCAUUGCAUCUGACAAAGGAACCCCGUCAAUGUCCGGACACUGUAAAAUUUCAGUAAAACUCGUGGACGUCAAUGAUAACACACCAGAAGUCUCAAUAACGUCUCUCUCACGUUCCAUCCAAGAGAAUGCUGCCCUGGGCACCGUCAUCGCCCUCAUCACAGUGUCGGACAGCGACUCUGGUGUAAACGGGCAGGUCAUCUGCUCCUUAACAUCUCACGUCCCGUUUAAACUGGUGUCCACCUUCAAAAACUACUAUUCACUGGUACUGGACAGCACCCUGGACCGCGAGAAGGUGUCUGCCUAUGAUCUGGUGGUGACAGCGCGGGACGGGGGCUCGCCUUCGCUGUGGGCCAAGGCCAGCGUGUCCGUGGAGGUGGCCGACGUGAACGAUAACGCGCCGGCGUUCGCGCAGCCCGAGUACACGGUGUUCGUGAAGGAGAACAACCCGCCCGGCUGCCACAUCUUCACGGUGUCGGCGCGGGACGCGGACGCGCAGGAGAACGCGCUGGUGUCCUACUCGCUGGUGGAGCGGCGGGUGGGCGAGCGUGCGCUGUCGAGCUACGUGUCGGUGCACGCGGAGAGCGGCAAGGUGUACGCGCUGCAGCCGCUGGACCACGAGGAGCUGGAGCUGCUGCAGUUCCAGGUGAGCGCGCGCGACGCUGGCGUGCCGCCUCUGGGCAGCAACGUGACGCUGCAAGUGUUCGUGCUGGACGAGAACGACAAUGUGCCCAGCGGCCAGGCGCCGAAGGCGUCGUCGCAGGCAUCAGCUGGUAUAGUAGGCCCAGAGGCUGCCCUGGUAGAUGUCAACGUGUAUCUGAUCAUCGCCAUCUGCGCGGUGUCCAGCCUGUUGGUGCUGACACUGCUGCUAUACACGGCAUUUCGGUGCUCGGCGCCCCCCACCGAGGUCGCGUGCGGACCUGGGAAGGCCACGCUGGUGUGUUCCAGCGCGGUGGGGAGCUGGUCGUACUCGCAGCAGAGGCGGCAGAGAGUGUGCUCUGGGGAGGGACCGCCCAAGGCCGACCUCAUGGCUUUUAGCCCUUGUGUUCCUCCCAGUUCGGGGUCUGGAGACAGUGGAGCCCAACAAGAGAUUUUUGAGAAUAUGUUCAGUUUUCAGAGAAAGGGAUUGGGCGCUCCAACACUACUGUUCUCGCUUCUGCUCCUCGCAGCCUGGGAGGCAGGGAGCGGCCAGAUCCACUACUCGGUCCCCGAGGAGGCCAAACACGGCACCUUCGUGGGCCGCAUCGCGCAGGACCUGGGGCUGGAGCUGGCGGAGCUGGUGCCGCGCCGGUUCCGGGUGGCGUCCAAAGGCAGAGAGGACCUUCUGGAGGUAAAUCUGCAGAAUGGCGUUUUGUUUGUGAAUUCUCGGAUCGACCGGGAGGAGCUGUGCGGGCGGAGCGCGGAGUGCAGCAUCCACCUGGAGGUGAUCGUGGACAGGCCGCUGCAGGUUUUCCAUGUGGAGGUGGAGGUGAAGGACGUUAACGACAACCCGCCGGUGUUCUCUCUCAGAGAACAAAGGCUGCUGAUUUCUGAAUCUAAGCAAGUGGACUCGCGUUUUCCGCUAGAGGGAGCUUCUGAUGCGGAUAUUGGAGAGAAUGCUCUAUUGACCUACAGACUAAGUCAAAAUGAUUUUUUUUCUUUAGAAUCAUCAACAAAUAAUAAGCAGACUAAAAAACUGUCACUUAUAUUAAAGAAGUCUCUGGACAGAGAGAAAACUCCGGAACUUAAUUUGCUACUGACGGCUACAGACGGGGGGAAACCCGACCUCACCGGCACCGUUCAACUGUUAGUCCGCAUCUUGGAUGUUAACGACAAUGAUCCGGAGUUUGAUCAAUCAGAAUACAAAGUGAGAUUGAUAGAAAACGCUGAUAAAGGAACUCUUGUGAUAAGGUUAAACGCGACAGAUCGAGAUGAAGGAGUCAACGGCGAGGUAACAUACUCUUUAAUAUCAAUUAAGCCCAAUAGAAGAUCUUUAUUUACACUAGAUAAAAAUCAUGGAGAAGUGAGGGUCAAUGGAACUUUAGAUUAUGAAGAAAACAAGUUUUAUGAAAUUGAAGUACAGGCCACAGAUAAGGGGAAUCCCCCAAUGGCAGGCCACUGUACAGUCUGGGUAGAAAUCUUAGAUACCAAUGAUAACUCCCCUGAAGUCACUGUGACUUCCCUGUCCCUUCCAGUACGAGAGAACACUCAGCCUAGCACUGUCAUUGCGCUGAUCAGCGUAUCCGACCCCGACUCUGGUGUCAAUGGACAGGUGACAUGCUCUCUGACGCCCCAUGUCCCCUUUAAGAUUGUGUCUACCUACAAAAACUACUAUUCACUGGUACUGGACAGCACCCUGGACCGCGAGAGUGUGUCUGCCUAUGAGUUGGUGGUGACAGCGCGGGACGGGGGCUCGCCUUCGCUGUGGGCCACCGCCAGCGUGUCCGUGGAGGUGGCCGACGUGAACGACAACGCGCCGGCGUUCGCGCAGCCCGAGUACACGGUGUUCGUGAAGGAGAACAACCCGCCCGGCUGCCACAUCUUCACGGUGUCGGCGCGGGACGCGGACGCGCAGGAGAACGCGCUGGUGUCCUACUCGCUGGUGGAGCGGCGGGUGGGCGAGCGUGCGCUGUCGAGCUACGUGUCGGUGCACGCGGAGAGCGGCAAGGUGUACGCGCUGCAGCCGCUGGACCACGAGGAGCUGGAGCUGCUGCAGUUCCAGGUGAGCGCGCGCGACGCUGGCGUGCCGCCUCUGGGCAGCAACGUGACGCUGCAGGUGUUCGUGCUGGACGAGAACGACAAUGUGCCCGCGCUGCUGGCGUCUCGGGCUGGAGGCUCUGGCGGGGCGGUGAGCGAGCUGGUGCCGCGGUCGGUGGGCGCGGGCCACGUGGUGACGAAGGUGCGCGCGGUGGACGCCGACUCGGGCUACAACGCGUGGCUGUCGUACGAGCUGCAGCCGGCGGCGGGCGGUGCGCGCAGCCCGUUCCGCGUGGGGCUGUACACGGGCGAGAUCAGCACGACGCGCGCCCUGGACGAGGCGGACGCUCCGCUUCAGCGCCUGCUGGUGCUGGUGAAGGACCACGGCGAGCCGGCGCUGACGGCCACGGCCACCGUGCUGGUGUCGCUGGUGGAGAGCGGCCAGGCGCCGAAGGCCUCAUCGCGGGCGUCGGCGGGAGCCGCGGGCCCAAAGGUGGACUUGGUAGAUGUCAACGUGUAUCUGAUCAUCGCCAUCUGCGCCGUGUCCAGCCUGUUGGUGCUGACGCUGCUACUGUACACGGCAUUUCGGUGCUCGACGUCACCCACCGAGGUCGCGUGUAAGCCUGGGAAGGCCACUUUGGUGUGUUCGAGCGCGGUGGGGAGCUGGUCGUACUCGCAGCAGAGGCGGGAGAGAGUGUCCUCUGGGGAGGGGCCGCCCAAGACCGACCUCAUGGCCUUCAGCCCUAGUCUUCCUCCAGGUCUGAAUAGAGAAGACGAAGGAGAAAGGCAGGAGGCAGGAUCAAAUCACCCUGGACAGGUGAGCUUUUUACAGAUUCCACCUAUUCAGGUAGUCUUUCUUAAAGCUUUAAAGAUCUAG